UUUGCUGAGGAAGGUUGGCCCUGGGCUAACAUCCAUGCCCAUCCUCCUCUACUUUAUAUGUAGGACGCCUGCCACAGCAUGGCUUAAGAAGCGGUGAGUAGGUCCGCACCUGGGAUCUGAACCUGCGAACCCAGGGCCUCUAAAGCGGAGCAUGUGAACUUAACCACUACACCACCAGGCCGGCCCCCUAUACUAGCUUUUUGUCCUUGAACAGGUUUCUCUUUGUCUUGCUUUACUUAUCUGUAAAAAGGGGAUGAUAAUGAUUCCUACCUGAUAGGACUGUUGUCUUAAGUGAGUUACUGAGCCUAGCACAUAGCAAGUAUUCAGUGAGUGUCAGCUAUCAUUAUCAUCUUUCUCAUUAUUAUGUCACCUUCAGUUGUUUAAAGGACAGUGGAGAUUAUGCCUUCUUGGACCUGAUGGAAAUAGCCACUGAUAUAAACAACCCACAUGUUCAUUCAUGCAAACCAAGCUGAAUGGCAGUACACAAAGGCUGGGGUGGGAAUUCUUAACCCCGCCCCUUAUAAAAGACUGCUCAGGUCACCCUGUCCCUCCCAGUCUCACUUCCCACGUGAAAAGACUUGGUGAUGAGGAGACUGCUGUCUUUUCACCUGAUCAGGUGUAAAUUUUCAUUGGACCUCUCUUUAGAUUCUUCACUCGAUGAUGAAUUGUUUCCAGGGCACCAAUGCCUCUGCUCUGGAAAAAGACAUUGGUCCAGAGCAGUUUCCAAUCAAUGAACACUACUUUGGAUUGGUCAACUUUGGAAACACUUGCUACUGUAACUCCGUGCUUCAGGCCUUGUACUUCUGCCGGCCAUUCCGGGAGAAUGUGUUGGCUUAUAAGGCCCAGCAAAAAAAGAAGGAAAACUUGUUGACGUGCCUGGCAGACCUUUUCCACAGCAUUGCCACGCAGAAGAAGAAGGUUGGCGUGAUCCCACCAAAGAAGUUCAUUUCGAGGUUGAGGAAAGAGAAUGAUCUCUUUGAUAACUACAUGCAGCAGGAUGCUCACGAAUUUUUAAAUUAUUUGCUAAACACUAUUGCGGACAUCCUGCAGGAAGAGAAGAAACAGGAGAAACAAAACGGAAAAUUAAAAAACGGCAACAUGAACGAACCUGCGGAGAACAAUAAGCCAGAACUCACCUGGGUGCAUGAGAUAUUUCAGGGAACGCUCACCAAUGAAACUCGAUGCUUGAACUGUGAAACUGUUAGUAGCAAAGAUGAAGAUUUUCUUGACCUUUCUGUUGAUGUGGAGCAGAAUACAUCUAUUACCCACUGUCUAAGAGACUUCAGCAACACGGAAACACUGUGUAGUGAACAGAAAUAUUAUUGUGAAACGUGCUGCAGCAAACAGGAGGCCCAGAAGAGGAUGAGAGUCAAAAAGCUGCCCAUGAUCCUGGCCCUGCACCUAAAGCGCUUCAAGUACAUGGAGCAGCUCCACAGGUACACCAAGCUGUCCUACCGGGUGGUCUUCCCGCUGGAGCUCCGGCUCUUCAACACCUCCAGCGAUGCGGUGAACCUGGACCGCAUGUACGACCUGGUCGCGGUGGUGGUUCAUUGCGGCAGCGGUCCGAAUCGUGGGCAUUAUAUUACUAUUGUGAAAAGUCAUGGCUUCUGGCUUCUGUUUGAUGAUGACAUUGUAGAGAAAAUAGAUGCCCAAGCUAUUGAAGAAUUCUAUGGCCUGACAUCAGAUAUAUCAAAAAAUUCAGAAUCUGGAUAUAUUUUAUUCUAUCAGUCAAGAGAAUAAUUUAAAGAACCGUGGGACUAAUUCAAGUGGGGGAAAAUAUUCAAAGCACUAUUACCUGGUUUCUCUGCAGACUUUCUUCUUCCCCAGCAGCCCACCAGUGGUAUUACUCCGAGUCUCAAUGGUCUGGCUGUGUUAGACUCUCUCGCCCCUUGUUUUUUUUACAUACAGCACUACUUGUGGUCUUAUUUUAGUCUGAGGUAGAGUUAACUGCAAUCAGAUGGUAGUAAGAUUUAUAUGAAUAACAGUUGCUAAUUUUAGGAUUGGGUAAAUGCUAUGCCACUGGCUCUGUCUGGCUGAAUUAGAAUGACAUUUCCUCUGAAUGUCUACCGUCUAUUUGGGGUCUUUGCUAAACUUCCUAAAUGGCUUCCGGGGUCUCCUUUCAAUGCAUUCCUUUAAGUUGCCCCUGGAAACAUUGCUACCCAUUUUUAGCUUCUCUGCUUCUUUUCUGACAGAAGGACAGAAGAAUUGGGUAGAUGGCCACCUUUUAGGGGGCUGCAACUGUAGCUUUAAGUUUGUGCAAGUGAAAAUGUUUAAAAGUGAGUGACCUCGAUACUGAAAUCAUCCUCCAGGUGGAACAGGAUGAAGAGAAGCUGUUCAUGGUGGCUGGCAUCUGCCAGGGGGCGUGCUCACCUAGCUGUUAGAAUUCCACGGACUAAGAAGGUGUGGAGCUCAGGGCGGGCAAAGCCAAGAGGAGGCGGCUUUUGUGGACAGUGAAAAGUUACUUUUCUUACCUUUCUGCCAAAACUAAGUUUCAGGAAAAUAACUCUAUGCUGUUUGUUUUUAGUGACACUUUUCUUCUGUCAGGUCAUGUGAGUUGUAUCUAUCCUUUAUCUGGCACUGCUAAGCUUUCCAAGGUAUCUUUCCAGUCCCGCUGGUGUUUUGCAGUCUGUGCUCCAGGGCUGAGACGCCGUGGUGACUGCCUGCAGCACAGCUCUCCUUAGCCAGUGAGUACCAUCAUCAUUCUUUAUCAGGAAGAACAAAGGCACUGUACCGUUGCUACCAUCAGCCACGCUGUACAACUCUUCACUUUUUAACAUUUCAGUCUGUUUACUGAGGCGCUGGCAAGUCCCAGGGCUAAUAUGGACUCUUCCCUAGAGGGAAUACUGGAGUUAGCUGGGUACGAAGGUGGGUCAAAGGAAGUGUCAGUGGGCAGGCGGAGGAAUGAACAAAAUGGCGGCGUUUCUUUGGCUCAGACCCCUAGGAUGCUUGACAAGACGGAGUUUUUUGGAAGACCCUCAUCUCACCAUAGUUACUUUUACUUUUUUCACUUUUGUUAUAUAUGUAUUUAUUAGAUGGUAUGAGGAUUGGUACCUUUUAUUAAAAGGGUCGAUUUGGCGUUUUGCCGUCGAGCUGGUUUUCGGUUUCCUACAAAUACCGUGAGUCGCAGCUCUUGGCUUCUUUGGGGAGGUCAGUUGAUUUCCAUACACUAUAAUAUACUGUGAACAUAUUAUUUUGUUACCUAAUAAAUCAGCGAAUGAACAUGCAAACAUUUGGCAUAACGUGGACUAAAACUGAAAUUGAAAAGGUUAGUGGCCAUUUUGCAACAAUUAAGAGCAUAGCACUUUAUCUAGAUGAAAACUGGAUCUGUUGUCUUCAAAUAUCUUGAACUGUUUGUUGCUCAGAACUUAAAUAAGCAUGCCAACACUCAUUUGUUCAUGCUUGAAGUCAAAUGUUCUACUCUUCACUGGAGAAGACAAAAACAGGGUGAUCUUCACGUUAUCGUUUUAUACAAGUGACGAAAAUAUACCUUGCCUUGUUUAGAGGCAAAUUCAUAUUUAUAAAUAUUUUGUCUUUUUUUCCUCCAUGAAACAUAUGCAGUUAUCACUUACCUGGAAGGUGAGUUUUUAUUCUGUUUUUAAGGAGAGACGCUUUCCAGUUGAAGGUGAUUGAUAUGGGGAACUGUUUGUGCCAUAUAUAACCCAUAUAUUUGACUGCAGGUUGCAAAGUUUAAAAAAAUGAUGGUUGAUCUCUAAUAUUUGGAACUGAUUCAUAAGAAAAACUAUUAAAAUUAUCUUUAAAAUGACUAAUUUAUUAGGAAAAUUAUUAGGAAAAAAGUUUAAAAAAAUUAUUAGCUAAUUUAUUGGGGAAAAAAGUUUCAAUUGGGAGCCUAUAGAAGUAAUAUCUGAAUGCUAAGUCAUAAAUUCGUUACAUUUUCUUUUUCCUUUGAAUGUGCAAAGAGUUUUUCCCAGUGACUAAACUGAAGUAAUUCCUUUUAAUAGAAAGGGUCAGUUAAAAUUCAGUAUUCAUGGAUAGAUUUUUGGAAUAAAAAAAAUAAGUAUGGAAGAUAAUGCAAAGACAUUAAAAUGGUUAUGUGAUGCAGGAAGAGACAAUUGGAAAAGGAACAAAACAUACUCAUCCACCAACCCUCGAUCAGUUUUUUAAACUUUAGAGUUAUCUGGUCAUUUCUUCUCUCUUCCUCUUCAAUAAACGAAACAAACACUAGGCAGCUACAUUUUCCCCCCAGUCAUUUCACUUUAUGUAAAGACAGUAGCAAACACUUUUAUUUUUCAUCCCUCCUUCAUCGCAUAAAGCAGAGAAUGGUGUGGGAUAUGUGAGACCAUUCUGAGGUCAGCGAUAGCACACAAACUCAGCAAUAUUCCCUCCCACAGCGGGGGUUUUUGUGUGUCGGGGUCUUUGUGUGUCGUUUUCUGGCAGGAGAGAGUAGGCCUGCUGUAUUUCUUUUAACUGCUGGGUGUUUUAAAAUAAGUUACAGUGUUUUCCACUUAAAAAAGAGAAGAAAUAUUUGCUUUAUUGGUUACUUACUAGUUCAGCAUCUAGAUUAUGGUACAGUAUGCUAAAAAGUUAUUUGUUUAAAAGUAAAUUUUGGUAAAAUGCUGAUAUCAGUGCCGUUAUGUUGAUGCAUCUUCCAUCCUGAGGCACUAUGAAAUAGGCUGGUUUGAAGAGAGCCAAGGAACAACAUGAGAGGUGUUGGCUUGAAUAGGAAGCCAGUCAUGUUUGGUUUUAUAGCUUGGUAUAUUUUGGAUUUCAGAUGAAAUGGGGAAAAAAAAUGACAGAAAUUGUCCCUAUGCGUUUAUUUUCAUGGAUACCCUUAAUUUCAUGGGCAUGCCUAACAAUGAACUGUGUUCUAACUGGAGCUUAGGGCUUAUUUUAGAUAUUGGAGUGUAGCUUUAUUACAGAUGGGUUUUAUCUUUCAACAUUGCAUUUUGAUCAACUUUGUAUAUUCAUAUGUAUUGAAAUAUUGUGCACUAAAUGUUUUGCCCUCGUUUGCUGUUAUAUGGUCAAGGCAUUUAUCAGCACUAUUGUGAUUAACUCAUGUGAAUGGCAUGGGUUGGAGAAAAUUAUUUCCUACUUUUUUGUGUAUUAAAUUUCUGUUUUCCAGUAUUACAUUAAUUUAUUUUUGGCUUCCAUUUCUGUAUAACCAAAAUAGUUACUGUAUUUGUGUGGCAUCCACUUGAUUUUGUUGCUAAAAAGAAAAUUUAGUUUUUAUUUAAAACAGUCUGUACCUUAAAUUUUUUUUAAUGUAACCAAUUCAAGCACUUUAAGCAAUAAUGUCAAUCUUGUGAAAUUUCAGUCAGUUUAACACCCUGCCUCUAAAAUUGUUUGCGAAAAAGUAAAUAAAUAAAAUAGGAAUUCU